GCAGAUAGAGGAAGUUUGAGCUCACAUGAAGAAGCUAGCGAAAGGAUUACUGUUGAUGUUCUGUCGCACUGACCUGUCAAGAAAACGGCAUGAAGUUCUUACAAUUCUUGGCUAAAAUACACAUAUAAAGUAAACGAUUGCAGUGUCCAUAGUCGUAAUAGUUUGUUACAACAAGUGAAAACAUUGGAUAUAAAGGUGUGAACAGGUGUGAACUGGUCCGUUGCCGGGCAGACUGUGUGGCUGACUGGCACAGCGGAAUGCAAAGAUGCUGCUCUCCUUGGGGAUGCUGAUGUUGUCCGCCACGCAGAUCUACACCAUUUUCACCGUGCAGCUCUUCGCUUUCCUCAACCUGCUGCCCGUGGAGGCUGACAUCGCUGCCUACUCAUUCGACAACAAAACGGGGAACUUUGAUGACCUGCCUGCACGAUUUGGAUACCGGCUGCCCAGCGACGGAUUGAAGGGCUUCCUGGUUGGCGCGCGGCCCGAGAACGCCUGCGAGCCCAUCGAUCCGCCGCCCCUGCGGGACAACCUGACGGGCGCCUUCAUCGUGCUCAUCAAGCGCUUCGACUGCAACUUUGACGUCAAGGUCCUAAAUGCCCAGAAGGCUGGCUACAGCGCCAUUGUUCACAAUGUGGACUCUGAUGACUUAAUCAGCAUGGGAUCCAAUGAUCUGGAUGUCUUGAAGCAGAUAGACAUUCCAUCUGUGUUUGUGAGUGAGGAGACUGCCGUCUCUCUGAAAGAGGACUACAUAUACGACAAGGGGGGUCACGUGGUCCUCAUGCCAGACUUCAGCCUGCCGCUGGAGUACUACCUGAUCCCCUUCCUCAUCAUCGUGGGGAUCUGCCUCAUCCUCAUCGUCGUGUUCAUGAUCACCAAGUUUGUCCAGGAUCGACAUCGGGCCCGUAGAAGCCGCCUGCGCAAGGACCAGCUGAAGAAACUCCCCAUUCACAAGUACAAGAAAGGGGACUCCUACGAUGUGUGUGCCAUCUGCCUGGAUGAGUACGAGGAAGGCGACAAGCUACGCGUCCUGCCCUGUUCCCACGCCUACCACAGCAAGUGCGUGGAUCCCUGGCUGACUAAAACCAAGAAGACGUGCCCCGUGUGCAAGCAGAAGGUGGUGCCUUCCCAGGGCGACUCGGACUCCGAGUCGGAGGAGGGGGAGAGCGGCCCGGAGGAGAACGAGGAGGUGUCGGAGAGCACCCCGCUGCUGCGCUCCCUGGCGUCCACCAGCGCCCACUCCUUCGGCACCAUGUCCGGCGCGUCGCGCUCCGACCCCGAGCAGGAGUCCUCCGAGUACGAGGACGAGCUGGACACCAGCGACGACAGCGAGGAGGAGGUCACCGUGGAGACGGUGGUGGUGCAGCUGCAGCAGCCGUUGCGCUUGGAGGGCCACGGCCCGCCCCGCGUCUGACCCCGACUGGAUAGUCUUGAUUGUCACAUUGCAAGGCCCCGCCUUCCCUCACCUACAGAACCCACCGGAUUCAAAGCAACGGAAACUCACAUUGAGGGAGUGGCCUAUACGGAUUUGUGUUUCAUUUUUACGUCACUGCUUCGUAUUUAGUCUCCCCCCCUUCCCCUCACCCUCACGUUAGAAAGAAAAUAUGAAUUCUCGUUUUUUUUACCUGAUUGCUGGGGGCCCGGCUAUACGCUGAAAAAUCUAGAUGGGAUUGUGAGUCAUUGUGUGUUUUGGGGCUAUGUGGUGCAAAUGAUACAGAACUGUUGCGUGUGCACCCUGCUUUGGGCUCUGGUUGGUCAGUUUAGGGAUGGAUUACAGCAGGUUUACUGUUACUGUCAACCUUAGUCACUGUGAAGCAACUCUGGGUUUGUGCCUGAGAGCAUGUUUGACACACAACCGAGUGAAAGCAUUAUUGUAUAUAAAAUGUAUAGAACACCAUACAUAACAUCUUUAUCUUUGAUUAUUUUGUAGCCUGCAUUAUCUGUAUGCCUCUGUAUCAGAAGGUGGGGAAGCAAACUAAUGAAACUUCUAAUGUAAAUACUCUUUGCUGCAUAGAGAUCCUAAUCAAAUGACUAUGCAGCAUGUUUUUUUUUUGUCGUUUUUGUUUUGUAAAAUUCAAACUGACAUUUUCUUUGUGAAUAUACGGCUAGAGAAGACCACAAGACUUGCCAAUUUGUUUCUAGCCAGCGAUCAGUCACUCGUACCGCUGUGUGAGUUUGCAGUGACUGGACAGUAUCAUUCACAAGUGGCCAAACCGGUUAGGCAGUUGAGUUUUGUUAGCAGAGAAAAGUUGUACGUUGUGUAUUCACACCAUCGUAGGCAUCAACUCAGAAGUCAUGUGGAACAGGAGAGACUUAGGCAGCAGUUUGCUAUUCUAAUACAUUUAACUAGAGGUUGUCAAAUAGCCCAUGUUGAGCCUUCAUUUGGCUCCCCGCGGGCAAUUAUAACCCCCUCCAUAAGAUUGUUUUGAAGGUGGUUGAUUUUUGGUCCUCUGCAUAUAUUUAAAUACUGUAACUAGUCAGAUCUAAAAGUGGAAGUUUUUUGUUUCUAACAUGGCUUGAACUGUUCCAUGUUAUGUCCUGUUGCCUUUUGAGUUGUGUUGUCCAGUUGUAAACGUCUUCAAUACCCAUGUCUAUUCAAUCCAAUUUCACUUCAAUAAAGAAACUACUUUUGUCAAGAGUGAA